CUCUGUGGGUCAGUUCGAGGGUGUCACUAACGCAGCCUAUUCACUGACUUCCUAAAUGUAUAGAUUCAUCUACGGCUUUUGAAGGCAAACCAGCGUAAAUUUAUCCAUUUGAUUGAAGAUUUGAUCAUUACACACCCCUUAUUGUGACGUGACGUUAGGACAGGGCAAUGCUGUAAACCAAUAACAAGUCCGAAGAAAAACGAAACAGAAGUAUUUUAAUCUUCGACAAGAAGUAUCCGAGUUCUUUCAAGGUGUAUUUUAAUCACGUAGUGAUGGCRUCCAGCUCCCCCAUGGUGAACGGGGACAUCUCCCGGGGUCCUAGCUCCCACCCCGGCCACAGCCCCACCACAGGCACCCUGGAGGAAACGCUGCAGCAGAUGAACUGCCUCAUCCAGGAGAACCGAGACCUGAAGGAGGCGCUGAAGCAAACCAACAUGUCGAUGAAGGAGCGCUUCGAGGGUCUGUCUGUGUGGAGGGAGAAGCAGAGGGAGGAGAAAGUGUUCCUGGAGGGGAGGCUGGAUGAGGCGCGCGGCCGCAUGGAGGCCCUCUCCUCACACAACCAGGAGCUCAGCAUGAAGGUGGAGGWGCUGGAGGGAGGAGAAGGAGAGGGGAAGGGACAGCUGACCCAGCUGAAGGAUGCCUACACCAAGCUAUUCGAGGACUACAACGAGUUGAAGCAAGAGAGCAAGAACCGAGAGCCACUGGUCACUAAGGAGGUGGGAGACCUGCAGACCAGACUGGAYGCAGCAGAGAAGGCCCUGGCUGCUAAGCAACAGCAGAUAGAUGUCAUGAAGCAGGAGAUGUAUCAGAAGGAGAAGGAGCUGGAGACGAUCUCUGUGUUCCAGGCYCAGGCGGAGGUGUACUCGUCUGACUUCUAUGCGGAGCGAGCAGCUCGGGAGAAGAUUCACGAGGAGAAAGAACGUCUGUCUGCUCAGCUGGAGUUUGUCAAGAAACAGAAUACUCAGCUACAGGACGAGAUGGACUCACUGGGCAGGCAAUCUCUGAGCGAUAUGCAGAGAAGACACAUGCCACGUGGAGGCAAUCCACAUGGAGGUGCUGGUCCACACAACAUGGAAGGAGCCAGAGGUGGUGAUGCCAGGGACUGGCAGCAGCAGGGGAAUAUACCGGAGCACGUCUGCCCCAAGUGUAACGAGAUCCUACCAGACCUGGACACCCUGCAGAUUCACAUCAUGGACUGCAUCAUCUGAGCCUUCAUCAUAGUCAUCAGCAACAACAAAGACAACUGCCGCAGAUGCACCAUAAUCUGAUUCUUCAUCAUCAUCUGAUUUAUUGCAGAGUAAAAUGGUACCUUUAUGCUCUAAAAAGUGUGUUUAUUUUGCAGUUCAGGGCUAUGUUGCUCUGGUCUAUGUUUUAGAACAUAUCAUAUGUGUUCUUACAGUGCACAACUAGACACACUUUUUUUUGUUAGAGGGGUGAAAAAGAUCCUGUAAAAUGUAUCACGUUUAUUAUGCUGUUAGGUGAUAAAUGGAGAACUGGAAUAUGUAUUUUAAGUUUGGUAACUUUUUUUYCUUAUUGACAGCUGUCACUUUGUUUCUUGCUAAAGCGUUAGUUUUGAAUUGUUUUAUUAAAUGCUUAUUAUGGAUUUUCGGGUGGUUCAAUUGAAUCAAGCUGUAAUUCUGUUUGGAUGAAGGUUAUGACUAGAUUACAAUUACAGCAUAGACAUUUCGUUUUGAAUAAUUCGAAAAUAUAUUGCUUCAACGGAGGGAAGGAUGCCUAAGACACUUUAAUGUUGUUUUUUGUAAAUGUAUAUUGCACAUACAUUUUAUCCAUCGUCAUGGUUUGUACAUUUAUAAUUAAACCUAUUUACAGCUUAUGUAGCCUGCAGGAAGUAUGACUAUGCAAGGGAGUGUGUACUGUAUUARCUAACUACUAACUUCUGUAUCCAGAUGUAUUUACAAAUCCUGUGAUUCUGUAAAAUAAUUAUGAAAAUAUGUAAUAAAGGUGUUAUUGGUACAGUA